UCCGCGAACUUGUGUGUCCCUUUUGCGUUAUAAAUAAAAAUUAGCAAAUUUAAUUUAAUAAUUUAAACUAUAAAAUAUAAGUUAAUAAGUGUAGCAUUUAGUUAUUCAUGACGAACUUUAAAAGUGGUAUAUGCAUAUAGUCAUUGCUAAUCUCAUUAAGGGUGUAGCUUUUAGUUGUUGACAGAUCAGUGGCAAUCAGUAGAGAUGAGUGAUUGCAAUUCACUCAUUAUUCUUUGCCCGAUAUAAUUUAAAUAUUGGAAAAUCUCAUUACAAUUAACGUAUUUCAUUUGUCCAUUUCCGUGUUGAAAUUUAAAAGAACCGGUGUACUGAAAUAAAAACAAAGUUAAAAGGUUUAUUGAAUUCAAUGCUAUAAAUGUUCUGAUAAACAGAAAUGUACGAUAAAAUUACUUUUUGAAAUCCAAUAUGGAUAAAAAUAAGAAGAAGAUCAGUCUUAAUGGAAAAUAUAAAAAGAACGGCAAAGCAGACAACUACGAUGACGUCAACACAACUUGUUGCUUUUGCAUUAAAACUAAAAAGAGCAAGAAGAAAAGUUUGAUAGCUGGAUGCAUAACUAAUCUAGGAAUAUUUGUAAUACUGCUAAUAUACACAUUAGUGGGGGCUUUUAUUUUCCUAGCCAUUGAGGGAAGUGCCGCAAAAGUUCACCAAAAGACUUUAGCAACCACUUCAUACCACGUCAAUGAAAAUAGGAAAUCAACACUGCCCAAAGUAAACGGUACUAUUACGCAAGUCAGUGCAGAAUUGAGAUCACAGACAGUGGAAAGCAUCUGGGAAAUUACAGUUUCCUUGAAUAUUCUCUAUAAAGAAAAUUGGACGAGACUUGCCGCUCAGGAAAUUGCGAGGUUCCAAGAAAAAUUAGUAGCUAGGGUUGCUGCCGACGUUUCUGAACAGUAUGGAGUUAGAGCUCUAGAAUCAGCACCGGCUUAUAUUUCAGAUGAUUAUGAAUGGAACUUUGCUAAAGCGUUUCUAUAUUCUUUGACAGUUCUGACGACUAUUGGUUAUGGAAGCGUGGCUCCAAAAACAGCUCUUGGAAAAGCAGUCACCAUCGGAUAUGCCGUUAUAGGAAUACCAUUGACACUUCUAUAUUUAUCUGUAGUAGGUGCACUUCUCUCAAGACUAGCUAGAAGCGUCUUCAGUCGAGCUUUAUGUUGUUGUUGCCUAAAAUGCGGUUACUGUUGCUUGGAUGAACAAACGAUGGCAGUUAAAGAAAGAAAAGAAAAAGUUAGGCGUCAAGACGAUUACAGAGCUCAAACUCUACACCUUCAAGAACCAUAUUACGUACGAUCACCAUCAGGGACAAUUAUUUCGGCAUCCCAAGCGAAUAGUCUCAGUACAAAUUCUAUAAAAGAUAAACCAAAUUUACAUUUUUUACGUGACUGUGAUUCCAUGAGCUGUGCCGACACAGAUUCCAAGGUUUCAAUUCGAGGCUUAUCGAUUUUUGCACCUAUUUCUUUAUGUCUGGCUGCUAUUUUCACUUACAUAUUUUUUGGUGCUUUAAUUCUAUAUCAAAUAGAAGGUUGGAGUCCAAUUGAUGGAAUAUAUUUUUGUUUCAUGAGUCUUAGCACCAUUGGCUUCGGACACUUAGCGCCAGGUUUAACCCAAAAGAACGCCGCUUCUACUGGUACCGUUUGGUUUUGUUCACUUUACAUCAUAACUGGAUUGGCCUUGACUGCAAUGUGCUUUAACGUACUACACGAUGAGAUCGUUCACCGAUUACGGCACCAUGAUAAGAUUUUGAAAGGCAACGCUCAAAAGAUUCUGACACCAGAAUUUCUUCAAAGGUCUUGACGAGACGAAAGUGCUAAUUUCACAGAAGAGACAGUAGUCAAUUCUGAAGAACUCCUGCCUGAAGUUUUGCAUCAUACUCCAGGUACAAGAUAUGAAGGUGGUGCAAUCCGUCGCUCAGUUUACACGGUUAAGGAGGAGAAGGAACCAGAGAGGGUGACGCCAAUGUAAGUUCUUUCGGAAAUUUAUGUAGUACUUUUAACAAUACUUCAUCACUAAGUUCAGUAUUGUAGAAUUAGGUGAUUAAUUUUGAUAUUUAAAAACGAUUAAAGAAAGGACUGAAAUGUUUGGUAAUGACUUUCUAGGUAUAUUUAGUGCCAAAUUAGGCGUAUAAAUGUAAUUUAUAAUAUUUCACUGGAGAAUUAAAUCCUCUGGUAAUAACUAUGCUAAAUAUAAGCAUUUAGUAAAAAUAUUUAACUAAAAUUUCAAAAAAAACUGUUAAAGGGCUCAUUUUUGUACGGAACUUAAAAAAAAUGUACACUAAUAUUAUAUUCAUAGCUUUAUAUUUAUUAUUAAGUAGAAAGGUAACUGAUAACUAAUCACGUAAAAUUGUUUAUUACUUUUACUAUAUUAUAUUGAGAAUCAAAAAUAUGACUCAUACAGCCUUACGAUGUUAAUCUUUAUAAAAGGAAAAUUUUCCUUUUAGGAAACUAAGAUAUGUUAAUGUAUGUAUAUUUAAAUGGAACACUUUCAAUGUGAACUCUAAUUACAUUUGAUAAGUAUCUAUGUGUAUAUUUCUAUUAUAAAAUUUGGGUUAUUUUCGUUUAGUGUAAGUAGAGAUUGCGAAUCAACAUUCUCAAUUGCAUUGUCAGAUUUGAAAUAUAGUCCUCUAUAUAGGAAUUGAGUAUUUAGGUUUGUGAUUGUUCUAUUUAACCAAUAAAACUGGUAUUGUAGAGAUAUCUUAGAUCGUACGAAGUGUGAAUUUUAACAUUUAAUAUUUAAUUACUAAGGUCGGUUUUGCAAUGAAUGCGAGAUAACUGUAGCAGAAAAUGCAUUUAAAGUGAUUUCAUUUAAAUACCACUUAAACAUGUUGCAAGUCCUCAUAUUCAUUGUGAAAAGGAAAUUGUUUUCGUGCAAUUGUAUGAAGUGUAAAGAAAAUAAAUAAUU